AUGCUGCUGUGGUGUUCUGGAGGAAGCAGCUUAGAACACCAGACCAGCAGAAAGUUCACCUCGACAAACUGCUACUGUCCCUGCAUUCAGAAACUGAUUUCUCUUGGUUGCGUUGCAGGAAUCCAAGCCACAGAUCUGAGCAGCCUUCUGGAGCGGUUUGAGGAAACACAAGCCAAAGAGGAGACUGAACCUGAAGGCAGUCCAGAUAGGAGCCCUGUUAGAGAUGAAGAGCCGAGCAACAACACUGAAGGGAUGCUGACACUGCUGGGUGCCUAUCUCCUCAGCACCCAAGAUAAACUCUGUCUUCCAGCACCCACUGGCUUUCCAGAACUUGUCAACACACUCGAACCCCUCAGAACUCCGGGACCCUUCAGAACUCCGGAGCCCCUCAGAACUCCGGGACCCUUCAGAACUCCGGAACCCCUCAGAACUCCGGGACCCCUCAGAACUCCGGAGCCCCUCAGAACUCCGGAGCCCCCCAGAACUCCGGAGCCCCUCAGAACUCCGGAGCCCCUCAGAACUCCGGAGCCCCUCAGAACUCUGGAACGUUGCGAUACUCAGGAACCUCUCAGCACCCAGAAUGUUCUCAGCACUCAGGAACAGGCCCCUGCACAGCCGCGCUGGAAACCACUUACCCCUGUUGCACCUCAGAGGAAGCAACCGGCGACCCCCAAACCUCUCCCUCACAAGGCCAUCCAAAUCAUCGACCCCGUCCUCUACCACCCAAAAGGUCCACCCCCUCCCCACAAAGCCCCCUGUCACCCCGACUGA